AUGCCAAUUGAGGCCCUUCCGCAGGCCACAGUCAGGGCCAUCGGAUCUACAUCUGUCAUCUCGGACCCUUGCUCGGUGGUCAAAGAAUUAAUUGACAAUGCUUUGGAUGCUGGGGCAUCUUCGCUAUUCAUCGAAAUUUCAUCAAACACUGUGGAUGUAAUACAGCUCAAGGAUAACGGUCAUGGUAUUCCCACGGAAGACCAUCCUAAUGUUUGCAGACACACAUUCACAAGCAAGAUCCGGACAGCUGAAGAUUUGAAAAAUGUGGGCGGUUCAUCAUUUGGCUUCAGAGGUGAAGCCUUGGCCAGUAUUGCUGAGAUGUCUGGCGGCAUCACUGUCACCACCCACGUUGCAUCCAGUGUCACGGGGUCGUGUGUCAAAUACCAGAGGGACGGAGAACUCUUACAGUCUACAUUGAUAUCUCAUCCGGUCGGCACGACGGUUCGUGUUGUGGACUUUCUAAAACACAUCCCCGUCCGCAAGCAGGUGGUAUUGAAAAGUGCGACCAAGAUUCUUACCAAGGUCAAAAAAUUGCUUCACUCAUAUGCCAUUGCCCAGCCUUCAAAAAGGUUAUCGUUGAAGGUUCUCAAAGCGAAGAAUGAAAACAACAAUUGGGUCUACGCCCCUGCUAGCGACGCAACGUUGUCUGAUGCGGCUGUGAAGGUCUUUGGAAGAGACUUAUCUUCUUCUUGCAUCUUUAAGACCAUGUCAUCAAAAUCUUUAGAAGCCCAAGUGGACGAGGGAGAAUAUAAAUUGUCUUGUCUUCUUCCCAAGCCUGAUUCAGACCUCGCCAAAGUCAGCAAUUCAGGGCAAUUUCUUAGUGUUGAUGGCAGACCCCUAUCGACUGCUACGGGCAUUGGCCAAGAUAUUGGAAAACGCUUCAAAUCUUACAUUCGUACGGUUGCGUUAAGAAAUGAAGCGACCAAGUCGAUCACCGAUCCGUUCUUAUGUCUUCAACUCAGUUGUCCACAAGGAUCAUAUGACGUCAAUAUUGAGCCCAGCAAAGAUGAUGUGCUGUUCGAGGACCGGGAUAUCGUCUUUUCUUUAAUUGAGGCUUUUUUUGAGGAACACUAUGGCCAGCUUGCAGAUUCUCGCAAGGGUCCAGUCAAAAAGAAGAAUCCCAAAACUUCCCAAGCGAAUGGCGACUUCAACCUGCUCUUAUCCCGAGCGCGUCCCAGCGAUUCUUCGGAGGAGUCAGUAAAUACAGAAGAGCAUCCGAGUGAACCCAUUGCCACUAUUUCCACUAUCCAGGCCACCCCUCGCUCUCAAUAUUCUCUGGGUACUUCAACUCCCGGAUUGUUGAGACGGGAUAAUACCAACGAUGUAGUACAUGUGACAGCUUCCCAAAUCUCUGCCUCGAUUAAUCCCUGGUCUGUCUCAAGAAAGGGUAGCACAUGGCGAACUCCAAGGCGUGAGUCUAAUACUCAGGCUAUCAAUCUAGCAACUUCCUCAUGCGAAUCAACCCCGGGAAAUGUGGGAGGCCUUUCUCAAUCGAAUGGCAGUCAGCAAUCGCCCGAAAGUCCCGGCUUUCCAAGCCCUCCUAUUUCACGAAUUACAUCAACUUCGCCUAUACACAGACGAAAACAGAUUUCCUCAUCACAGCUUUCUUUGGAGCCGACAGACUCAAUCCGCAGUGCACAAAAAGCUGCGAGACAGCGAGACAAGGAGCGCUACGGUAGUGGUGCUCUUGAUACAUGGUUUACCCGGACGACACAGGCUUAUAUGAUGCAAGAAUCAGCAAAUCCUGUACAGGACCAACAUGAUGCCGAGCCAACUCUUUCCCAGCUUGCUGAGCAGAGAUUUGGAAGGGGAUCUCAGACUGCGCCCGAGGUCACAGCGAAUGCUAAUGCCACUCAAAGUGGAGAAUCCAGCCUAGAGGGCCAAACUCACCUUUCUCGGCUAGACGAUGACACGAUAGAUGAGGUCGAAUAUGAAGGUUCCAUGGAUAGUGGUCGUGGUUUUCCUGUCCUUGAAAGAUGGGCUGCUAGUCUCAGGGAAGGCUUCAACCCAGACACCCAAUCGGAGCUGGAGAAAGCCCUCGAUUUUGAGAAACGGAAGAAAGAAGCUAUGCAGAGACAUCGCAACCGCACGGUUACUCAUUCUGUUCCUUUUAGCUCCCAGGCUAUCACGGCAGUCUCUCACUCACCACAUCACAAUCGAUUUCUCAAAGCCAAGGCUGCUCUGGCGUCAGAAGGUUCUUUCGCGGUAGAAGCAAUUCCUAAGAAUGCAUUUUCUCCGAAAGACCCCAGGGCAUACCUGAUUCGCUGCUCCAGUGGUGAUGAAGCUUCGACAGAUAGCACCAAGUCUCGACGGGCUCAUACACGCCGCUUGCCUUUUGAACGUAUACCGGAUGGGCAGGAUGUUCAUGACUUGAGCCUGACGAUUUCCACCGACUCGCUGAACACUAGAGAGUCCUUCGGAAUGACGAAUUUCUAUGAUUCGUACACGCGCGACGGAUCAAUCCGUUGCGCUUUUGCUUCAUCUGAUGUGGAGUCCCUUGCCCCGUUCUGGAACGAGCGACUCCGUACAAUGAUCAAGCAAAAAUACAAAGAAAUAGAUGGAUCCCAAGCCCAUGAACUGAUGUUUGACACAUCUUCCCUUAUAACUAAUCAUCUGAAAGAGUUGCCUGAGGCGUCAUGA